AUGUUCAACAACCUGGCUUCUCCUCCCAACUCGGUUGUGAGCCUCAUGAAGAACAGCGAACGGCUGACGUCAGUGUGGGACACCAGUGGGUCUGACAUCAACGACAUGGGCAGCAACGCCGUGGUCAUCCCUCUGAAAGUGGGAGACAACGUGUUUGUGCAGCUGGAGCCAAACAGGCUCGUCUACAACGACUCGAUGAACUACAACACAUUCAGCGGCUUCCUGCUCUUUACAAUGUGAUGCAUACAACAGCUCUGCAUGCCAGCAUGAUUCUUCAUUAUUUCACAGUAAAGGAAGUUUCUUUUUUUUUCAUUUGCAAUUUAGCAUAAUUUGCAUAGAAAAUGCACAAAUAAAUA